UUUUUCUAUGCAUUCCUUUGGUCAGGAGUCUAUAUAUAGCUUGGCUUGUUUUUAGUGGAAAUAAAGAAUUAAGCGUGAAAAUCUGUACAUUUGCACUUACAGAAAAGUAGAUUUUGAAUAUAAAGCGAGAUAUAUAGGGUUUACCUUCUGAACCGGGUGGACUUGCGUCUAGCUAUGACAUUGGGCAAUACUAUAAUCUCAGAUUGCACUAGUAGGACGUGUACUCUGUUUGAAUGCUGUUGUGGUUAUAUUAGCUAACAUAAAUCAGUUUAUUGUCUUUUUAGACAACAUUUGUACUAGAUAGAUAGCUAGACUUGUUUUUAUGACCAAACUCAACCUAUUAAUCCAGGUUUUUAUUGCGCCGAGCUACAAAUAAACCCCACACACACACACACACACCUACGGCUGUCGACGGCAUUUUUUAUUUUAUAAAGCAGGCACUUUACAGACGGGAUUUUUCUACAGCAGAUCUUAUCACUAAUCCAGCAAGGUGUCUGGAUUUAUUUGGGGGAAUCUGAUACUCCACAUUGUUCGUUAUUAGACAGGGAUAAUAGAGUAAAAGGGAAAUAUGUCGGGACAGUCGAUCACGGAUCGGAUCGCGGCGGCUCAGCACAGCGUGACCGGAUCAGCCAUCAGUAAAGCGGUGUGUAAAGCCAGCACACAUGAAGUCAGCGGACCCAAGAAAAAACAUCUGGACUACCUGAUCCACUGCACCAACGAGAUGAAUGUGAAUGUGCCACAGCUGGCGGACACACUGUUCGAGAGGACGGCCAACAACAGCUGGGUGGUGGUGUUCAAAGCCCUUAUUACCACACACCACCUGAUGAUGUAUGGCAACGAGCGUUUUAUUCAGUACCUGGCCUCCAGGAACACUCUGUUCAAUCUCAACAAUUUCCUUGAUAAAGGUGCAUUGCAAGGUUAUGACAUGUCCACCUUCAUUAGGCGCUAUAGCCGCUAUCUGAACGAGAAGGCUCUGUCGUACAGACUGGUCGCUGUGGACUUUACCAAAAUGAAAAGAGGUAUUGAUGGAGUGAUGCGCACCAUGAAUACAGAGAAGCUGAUCAAAACUCUGCCCAUUAUUCAAAACCAGCUGGACGCUCUACUCGACUUCCAGGCUAACCCUAAUGAGCUUACCAACGGCGUGAUCAACACUGCAUUCAUGCUGCUCUUUAAAGACUCCAUCCGUCUGUUUGCUGCAUAUAAUGAAGGGGUCAUCAACCUGCUGGAGAAAUAUUUUGAUAUGAAAAAGAACCAGUGCAAAGACGCGCUGGACAUCUAUAAGAAGUUCCUUUACAGGAUGACUAAGCUGUCCGAGUUUCUCAAAGUAGCAGAGCAAGUUGGGAUUGAUCAGGGUGACAUCCCAGAUCUCACUCAGGCUCCCAGCAGUUUGUUGGAGGCUCUGGAGCAACAUCUGGCCUCUCUGGAGGGCAAGAAGACUAAAGAGUUUUCUGCAGACAGCAGAGCCAACACUCUGUCCAGCGCUGUGUCCUCCCUAUCAAACACAGGCAUGUCCUUCACCCGGGUGGACGAGAAGGAGAAGCAGCAGGCCCUGGAGGAGGAACAGGCCCGACUGCAGGCGCUUAAGGACCUGCGUCUGAAGGAGAUCAGCAAUCAGAAUUACUCCACCUCUCCUGUUACUCAGCAUGCCAUUAAUGCCAACAAUCACAGUGCAGCAAUGGACCUGUUCUCCAACCAUAUCACCUCCAUCACCCCUGCCAUCAACAGCAUGCCAAACCUCACCAGUGACCUGUUUGACCUCCAGCCAGCCUUCAUCCCUGCCAUGCAUAGCACUUCCUCCAUACCUACAGCCGGCUGUGCCUGGGGAGGUUUGGAGAGCGGUGCUGGUGCUCAUAUGUCUGCAAUGAAUGUAGAUUUUGAUGCUGUGUUUGGAGCUCAAGGAGCCAAUAAUGAUGUGAAGCCAACAGCUGGAUUUGAUGUGUUAGGAGACUUGUUAAAGCCCACCAUGCCGAUUCACAGUCAGCUUCCCAUGAUGCCCCCUCAUACAGGAGGCAAGGUUCUGGCUAAUGACCUUGAUUCCUCCCUGGCUAACCUUGUAGGCAAUCUGCAAUUUGGAGGCUCAGUCAAAAAGCCUGACAUGCAGUGGACUCAUCCUGGGGAGAAGAGGAUGACUGGUGGCACUAACUGGCAGUCCAAGACCAUGAGCAGCACGACUGCCUGGAGUCCUGCCCCCAUGCCACCUGCUCCAAUGCCUGUACCCCACAUGCAGGCUCCUGCACCCAUGGCCUUCCCCAUGACCACACCUCAAGUGCCUGUGUAUGGGAUGGUUUCUCCUCAGAUGGGUCAAAUGGGUCAGAUGGGAGGGGUUCCAGUGAUGACCCAACAGCCCGUGAUGUACCAGCCUGUUCUGAGACCCACCAACCCAUUUGCUCCCGGAGCUCAGAUGCAGUUCAUGUAGUAGCAAUGUGCAGCAGAGUGCCAAACACACAACAACAUGAGCCACAGAGCAAGAGGAGAGACGAGGACACCAACCACUACCAAAUUCAGGGAGCCAAAGGAAUGAGAGAAGCAGACGAAAACAAAGCGAUUCGUUUUUUUGGGAAAACAGGGAAAGCACGAGCGGUUUUCUGCCAUGACUCUUCACCUGAUUGUCUGAAAUGUGUCACUCUCAAACCCCCCCCUACAUGCCACAACUGAGUAUCAGCAUCACAGCAUAACAUCUUAUUCAUUUUCAUUCUACAUGUCUCAUUUAAGGUAGAGUCUGAUGGUUAAGAAGGUUUAGUUACCUCACGUUUAGCUCAUGUUUUGUUAGCGUUUUUAGCUGAUUGUGUCCUGACAGCUGGGCUUAGAGAGAAUUGAUCAUUUUAAAUCAGGUUUGAUGACAGAAGUGACGUGGUUGCUUUAUGUUGCUAGAAUGGUUCUGAGCACUGUGUUUGGGUUACAGCUGGGUGUGAAGGCGCUAACAGGACACAGAUCUCCAACCACGCUAGUCCAGUCUAAUCAGUCUUGACCUCACAAGUCACCUACUACCUGUUGCUCUAACUCUUAAACUAAAAAUGUGGAAUUGGAAGAAUUGGAAUUAUUGCACUUAGGGAGAGGGAAUAUGGCAAAAAAUCACAGGUUUUUAUACUACAUAACAAUAUUUUACUCUUUUUUUCCACUCGAUUAAACCAUGUACAGAUACAAGAGUCACAAACAUGUUACAUUUACAUUUUUAACAUUUAAAGAAAAUUACAGUAUUUAUUAAGAAGCAAAAUCAGUGAGAAGUGAAGCUAGUGGUUUUUAAUAUUCGUUUCAUCAACCGAUUCAUCAUGGUAAAGGUCGCGGUGGAUCUGGUUUUACUGGGAAACACUGGGUGCUAGGCAGGAAUACACUGAACAGGGUGCCAAUCCAUCACAGGGUUUCGACCACCGAUAGCUUCAAACCCGGAUCUCAGCAAUGGUGGGCUAGUUUGAUAAACCACUGCGCCACCUGAGCGCCCCAUUUUUUAUUAGUAACUGGCUAGAACCUAAUAAGAGUGCUCUAGUAAGACAGGAACCUGCAAUUGCCAAUCCAUCACAGGGUUUCGACCACCUCCCCCUCAGACACGAUCCCGGAUCUCGGCAGUUGUGGGCUAGUUUGAUAGACCACUGCACCACCUAAGCUCCACAUUUUUUAUUAGUAACUAAUUACUAGUGACCUAGUCAAAGUACUGGCUAGAACCUAAUAAUAGUGCUCUAGUAAGACAGGAACCUGCAAAUGCCAAUCUAUCACAGGGUUUCGACCACCACCCCCUCAGACACGAUCCUGGAUCUCGGCAAUUGUGGGCUAGUUUGAUAGACCACUGUACCACCUGAGCGCCCCAUGAUAAUAAGUAGUAUCGUAACAAUAGUAAUAAUAUGAAUAAUUCUAAACAUGUUCAUGUCUGUUUUUAUUUACUGGUUUAACUGAAUAUAAAACUUUCUAGGGUGCUAGAAUUAAACACAAUGGCUAAAAAUAUGAGAAAUGACCAAGAACUUCUUGGACAUGCUAUUCCAAACCUAUGAACGUUACUGCUUUUGCUCAUGGUCCAUCUGGCUAGGCUUUUAAAGUGUCUUUUAAAAUGUGUGCCAUUUCAUGAGAAGGCCUGGCUUGCGGCCUACAGUUCAAUUCAUCCCGAUUGUAAUCUGUAGGGUUGAGGGUAGGGCUCUGUGCAGGCCACUGGAGUUUUCCACCCAACCUCAGAAACCACGUUGUUGUGGAAUUUAUAUUGUGUAUGAGUUUAUGGGGCUCAGUUCUUUACCGCUAUAGUUAUAAAAGCAGAAAAGGGAAAACAGGAGAUUCCACUUCCCUUCACCUUUUCCAGUAUAUUUCAGAUCUUUAGUCUUGCAUACUUGUCAGUUUGAACGUGAGGACUUCAAAACCAAUACAACCAGCCAUGAUCGCCGAAUCAACACUAGUGAUUUCAAUUUAGAAUGAACAUAUGCUGUCUGUUUCACACCCCCACCACUCCAACCUUCCCAGCGCCAGGCAUGCAGCCAUGUUACAAAAUUCUAUCUGGCUCUGAGCAAAGGAAGGAGCAGCGUGUGCCAACAUUAAUAAAUGUAAUUAGUGUCUCAUAUACAUUUUCUGUUCUGUGGGAUAAAUGGAUAUUUACAGUAUGCACUGGGAGUGGUCAAGAACUUUGCGUGUAUGUCCAUACAGAACAGACCACUCAUGUUCAUUACAUUUACAUUUACAUUUUCAGCAUUUAGCAGACGCUUUUAUCCAAAGCGACUUACACAAUGAGCAAUUGAGGGUUAAGGGCCUUGCUCAAGGACCCAACAGUGGCAACUUGGUGGUGGCGGGGCUUGAACCGGCAAACUUCUGUUUACUAGUCCAGUACCUUAACCACUGAGCUAUCACUGGCCCAGUGAUAUAUAAAAGGAUAUAUAAUAUGUUCAUAUAAAAGGAAUUCAAGAAGCAUUGCUUUUUAUUUAUUCUUGAGCUGUUAUCUCCAGGUAGCAUAAUGAUACAACACUCUAGAUGAAUAUUUAAUGCCUCUUUAAUUAGCUUCUAUUCUCUGUUAUCCUCCUUCAGGGAGGAGAGAGAAGAGACAGAGCCUGGGUGGCUACACAUCACUGUUUGUGUGCUUCGUCUCAUACCUGCCUUAUAAGUGUUGGAUCAGUAUGUAAUAGCGGCCAAUAUUUUAAACAUCAUAGUCCAAAUUUUAGUCAUUAAUAUUUGUAGCACGUUAUUACAAGCAAUCUGUAGGUCUGCUUGUGUGGUAUUUGGUUUUUGAUUAAUGAUGAAUACAUAAUCUGUCAAGCUGCAGAAUCUUGAAACAUUUUACAUGCUCUAUAGGAAACAAGCAUCUGCAUAUUUAAAUAAAUUACUAUUCAUUUGCUCAUGUUGAGAAAAAAAACUUAGUGUCGUGUGAAUUAAAUUAGAAAUGAGAUGGAACAUUUAAUUCAGCAAAUAAAAAAAAUAUGCAUAAAAAACACCAUAUUUAAGUAUAUUGUUUUGUU